AUGGGAAUGGCGGGUGUGGCAGGGAGUGUGAGGUGCUGCACAUGCACUCCUCCGUCUUCUUCUUCUUCUUUGUUUGGGAGGAAGGAAGCCACUCCAAUUAGAUUGAGAUUGAGAUUGAGAACUAAAGCUCUUUUUGGGGAUUGGGGAUUGGGCAAUAGAAACAAGUCCCUCUCCUUCUCCUCCACUCACCAACACCAACAAGAAUUCAGUUUGAGUUUGAGAGAAGAUACAAGAACAGAUAGAGACACAGAGAAGGUGAUAAUAAGAGUGGGCGUUGUGUCUUCCAUCUCGGACGUUCCGUCGAGCGAAUGGGACGCGUGCGCUGUGGAUGCGAGUGGCCCUCACAAAUUCAAUCCUUUCCUUUCCCACGCCUUUCUCUCAGCCUUGGAGCACUCUGCCUCGGCCGUUAGGGAAACUGGAUGGAUGCCACAUCACAUCGUUGCCAAAGAUCAAGCCAACAACAUUCUCGCCGUCGUCCCUCUCUAUCUUAAAACCCAUUCCUACGGUGAAUUUGUUUUUGAUCACUCUUGGGCCAAUGCUUAUCAUUCAUACGGAUACAAAUAUUACCCCAAGUUACAAUCUUGUGUGCCCUUCACACCUGUAACCGGUCCAAGGAUCUUACUUCGCAACACCUCCUUCAAAGAUCAAAUCUUCGACAUUAUUGUCUCUGCAAUGAAGGACCUCACUGCCAACUCCCAGCUUUCGUCAUUACAUGUUACUUUUCCCUCUGAGAAUGAGUUCCACAAACUCACCGAAAAGGGCUUCCUCCCCAGGAUUGGAAUGCAGUAUCACUGGAAAAACCGUAACUACAAAAGUUUUGAUGAAUUUUUGCUGGACAUGAAGCAAAGUAAAAGAAAAAAUAUACGUCAAGAGCGUAAAAAGAUUUCAGCCCAGAACUUGAUUAUGAAACGGCUCCGGGGUUAUGAAAUAAAGGCUAGGCACUGGGAUACCUUCUAUACUUUUUACAGGAACACAACUGAUAACAAAUGGGGCACUCCUCACCUGACAAGGGAAUUUUUUCAUGAGCUGGGAUCUAAAAUGGGGGAUAACGUGCUACUUGUUGUGGCUGAAGAAGAGGAUGAACUAGUUGCUGGAGCCCUCAAUCUUAUUGGAGGAGAUACGUUGUUUGGGCGCCUAUGGGGGUGUCAGCCACGAAGUUACUACCCAAGCUUGCAUUUUGAAGCAUGCUAUUAUCAGGCAAUUGAAGCAGCUAUUGAACUAGAUCUCAAGACAGUGGAGGCAGGAGCUCAGGGUGAACACAAAAUUCAGCGGGGAUAUCUUCCUGUGACAACUUUUAGCUGCCAUUACCUUAUUGAUGAAGAAUUUAGGGAAGCUAUAAAUGAUUUUUUGAUACGUGAAGCUUCUCAGGUGAAGCUUGUUAUAAAACUGUUGCGAGAUUCAGGUCCUUUCAAGGAAGAUAUCGUGUAG